UUUUUGAAUUGACUUGUCGAAAAAUCUCGCCGUCAUGGGGGUUAUUUCCGCCGUAACGGGUCGUCUGAAGGUGGGAACGUCCCAAAUUGAAUCAAAAUAUUGAUUCUAUGCCCAUAUAUGGUCAAAGCUCCGCCCACUAGAAUCAAUAUUUUGAUGCCUCCAUAUUUUGAUUCACGCCGCCUAGUUUGCCCAACUGAACUGACAAUUGCUGAUCUCAAGCCGGUGCAAUGGCCGACCCGUUUUUCGGCCUGGAGCUGGUGCACGUGGCACACAGAGAGGCGCUGCAGCGGCCGGCAGACGCCGCGAUGCUGUUCGUGCAUUGGACGCUGGCCUCGUCCGGUCUGCAGGCCGAGCACCCCGCCCAGGGCAUCUCGAACCAGAGUGCCUCCUCCGAGGUGCUGCCGCCCGGGUGGUCCGACCAGGAGGGCGUCUACGAGCUCAGCUACGUGGGCCGCGACCGCAGCCGAUACCUGGUCAAGGCGCUCGUCGUCGAGGGACAGCUCAUCACCAACAUGAGCAAAGUCGACAGUGAUGCUACUUCCGUCUUCAACAAGCCCAUUUCCGAGAUGGUAUCGGACGACUUCAAAGAUUUCCAUUCCGCUUACAAGGAUGUAAAAACUCUGAAAGAUCAGAUCACCCAGGAGCUGGUGGAGGCUCUGGCCCCUGGAUUCCGCAGCCUGCGCGUGCAGGAUCGGAGUCCCAGGAGAGGCUCGUCGCAGGAGCGGAGGAUGUCGGAGCCGGCCGUCGAUCCGCUCCGGGUCCCCGGAUACGGCAGUGAUCGGCACAGCCACCCGCUGGCGGUGGGAGGCGCCGACCUGGACCCGCUGGGCAGAGGUCUCGGUGGAGGGAUGCUGAUGGACCCCCGGCGGCCGCCCGUCACCAACCUGCCGCCCGGUGUGCCUCCUGGCGCGCGGUUCGACCCGUUCGGCCCGCCGGGACUGGGGCCGGGCCCGGGCGGCCGGCCGCGCCCCCGGCACCCCGGCGAACCGGACCCCGAUCACCUGCGCAUGCCCGGCUCAGACUACGACAACAUGUUCAUGUGAGCGGCAAGAGACGCCGGCGGCUGGAGCAGCGAGACUCCCAGUUCCUACGCAGGCAGGAGAGCCGUCUGACAGUGAUGGUAGUAGCAAUACUCACGCCCCGGCACCUGCCUGCUCAUUCCGUGUGCGCGGCGGCAGAGGCGCGUAGGCUUAGUGCUGUGAAACCCAGGCUUGUUGGAGCAGACAGAACCAAGAGAGAUGCUUAGUCGACUGGGCAGUGCCUAUCGCGCCGCUUCAGAGCAAGGAAAAGUUAUUGCUGAGAAAGUGAUGAUUACAGAUUAUAUGAUAAUCACAGUGCCCUUGCUUGCUUCCUGACGUAACGUAACUUUGCUCUUGUUCUUCAUGAUUUCUUUGCUAAACUACAGCUUUAUUGUAAACGGUGUCUUUUAACAUGUAAGGCUUAUCAUGCUCUACAAGUAAGAAUUAUUUCUUUGCACUGUAGAAUAAUUUUUGUUGAAACAGCAGGACGCUGUUAUGUUCAACUUUUCAUCACGUAACUAUGGACUACGAGCGCAAGAUCUGUGCCAUCGGAGAAAGACUUACAUAUCUGUGUGAUACCUCUUCCACUUGCGCUUGCCUGCCUUCUAGCUAUUCAUAGACUUUGUGCUGCCACAUUGCUUUGCUCGGAUGUCCUGAUACCGUGCAGUGAUCUGACCAUUAGGAUGUGGUCAGCUGCAGUAGAAGUGCCCGCACCAGACGCAGUAGCAGUAGCUGUAGAUCUUAGAGGUGCAGUGACGCCGAAUACGUCUGAGUGGACUAACUGUGUGCUGCUGGGAAUUGAGUGCCGACUGUGCCAGUGAGGUGUGAGCUCGAUAUACACAGGUCUGUGAUA